AUGGAGUAUAAAUAUAUAUUGAUAUUAAUAGUUAUAGUUUAUUUACCAGUACUAAUUACAGGUCAAUAUACUAUAAUAGGAGUUCCUGAAAGUUAUGCAGUGUUUGGUGAAAAUUAUACAUUACAAUGUAAUGUUACAGAUUCGCCUAGUCUUGUAGAUUUCCGGAGAAACAAUGAUGUUGUAUGUACUAUGAUAAACUGUGGGAGUCAACCAAUAGAUAAUAGAUAUAAAUGUAGAUGUAUAAAUAAUAACAACAAACAACUAUAUCUCAAUAUAAGUAAUAUAUAUAAACAAGAUGAUACAACAUGGUCUUGUGGUGAUGAUAACAACAGAGGAUCAACUACUGUAUCAGUUUAUUAUGGUCCAGAGAAUAUAAAAUUUAACCCUACUAGUGAUAAUAUUGAUGUUAUAGAAGGAAAGAGUCAGAGUGUCAACUGUUUAGCUGAUUGUAAACCAGAUUGUAACAUCAACUGGUCUAAAGAUGGCUCAACAACAAUUCUAAACAACCCUUUAUCACUUAGUACUAGCGAUCAAACUGGUCUAACUGAUGUAACAGGUAUUAAUAUAACAGAAGAUGGUCCUGAUGAACUUACUUUCUCAUCAGAUGUAACAAGUAUCAUUAUAACAGAAGAUGGUCCUGAUGAACUUACUUUCUCACCAAAUGUUACAAGUAUCAAUAUAACAGAAGGUAGAGAUCAAACUAUAACAUGUUUAACUGAUUGUUAUAAAUGUAAUUAUAAAUGGACUGGGCCAGUUUCAUCAUCAAGUAAAGAUCUUGUAUUGACUGAAAUAAAAAGAAAUCAGGAAGGAAACUAUAGAUGUGAAGCUACCAAUAUUAAAAAUACCAACCCUAAAACAAGAUCACAAUCUAUACAAGUUAAUGUACAUUAUCCUCCAUAUAUAACCAGUAUAACAUCAGAUGCUGUAAAUAACGAAAGUGAUGAAGGUUCUGAUGUCACAUUUAACUGUAAUGUUGAUAGUAAACCAGUAUCUAAUAUAACCUGGUCAUCUUCUACUAGUACUAAUACUAACAAUAGUCAACAGUGGACAUUAACUCAAGCUAAAUGUCAGGAUACAGGAAUCUAUACAUGUACAGCUAAUAAUGGUAUUGGUCAAUCAACUACUAAAUUACCGUUAAAUAUUAGAUGUUCACCAAGAAUUAAUGGUGAUUUAAAAGAUGAAGUAAUGAAUAGACUAGGUGAAGAAGUUACAUUAAGUAUUGAUGUUAUGGCCUAUCCUAAACCUAGUUUUAAAUGGAUACAAGAAUCAACAGGACAAGAAUUAACACCAGAUACAACUCAACAAGUAGCUACCAAUAAUUAUAUUUCAAGUUUAACAGUCACAAUACAACAAUCAUCAUUUGGUAACUACAUUGCAACUGUUAAUAAUGGUAUAGGUUGUGAUAAAAGUUACACUAUAAAGAUUAUUGAUGGGGAUCCUGGAACAAAACCGAUUUCUGAAGAAGAAACUUUAUAUAAGGAAUGUUUAGGAACAGGUAUUGGAAUUGGUAUUGGAAUAUCUGUUAUGUGUUUAUUGCUGGUUUUACUAACAAUAUUUAUAUAUAGAAAAUAUCAUCCAGCCAAUAAGAAAUUACCAGAAGAAAGUUAUGCAACGUUUUCCAAUAGAAUUCCAGAAGAUAGAACAUAUGAAGAUUUAAAUACUCGUCCUGAAGUUAAUGAUAACAAUCAACAUAAUUCUGGAGAUGUAAAAGAAUAUGAAAAUAUGAGAAGAAAUUAA